AUGGUCGAGGAGACCAGCCGGGCCCGACGAUUGAUCGGAUAUUGCCCGCAGUUUGACGCGCUCAUCCACGUGAUGACGGUCGAGUCACAUCUGUAUCUGUACGGCCGUAUGAAAGGACUAACAGGGAAAGACUUGAGAAGAGCCGUCGAUGAGAAAGUCGAGGAGAUGCAGCUUUCCCAAUACCGUUUCCGUCGAGCAGGCACGCUGUCGGGCGGCAACAAGAGGAAGCUGUCUGUCGCAAUGGCGCUCAUCGGGGAGCCCCCCGUCAUCUUCCUCGACGAACCCAGCACAGGCAUGGAUCCAUUUGCGCGACGCUUCAUGUGGUCUGUCAUACAGGAUGUGGCAGAGAAACGCAAGCAAUCCGUUGUGGUCCUCACCACACACUCCAUGGAGGAAGCGGAGGCCCUGUGCAGCAACAUCGCCAUUCAGGUUGAUGGGCAGUUCCGCUGUCUUGGCUCCGCACAGCACCUCAAGUCCAGGUAUGGAUCAGGCUACGAGGUAAGCAUCAAGUUCAGAGCCGUGCCGCGUGAGGCGCUGGUCCAACUCGCUGCCAAGUUCCUGCCCGCAGGGCGCGAAUUGGAUCGGAGUGGCUAUUCGAUGGUCUCACGAUCGCAGGCCAUGGAGGCCUUGCCGCUUGAACUUCGCACAGCCGCAGCGCUGCCGUCUGGUCCCUUGCCUCUGGAGAUGCAGGACGUGGCUGCCGAGGUCGUGGCAGAGUGGCAGGUCAUGCAAGAUCGCCUGGAGCAGUUCAAAGGCUGGGGCAGUGAAUGGGUAAGCUUAAGGAUCCCCUGCGUCAUCUACAUGUCUUUUGCUAACGCCCAUGGUCAGUCCUCUUUGGAGCAAGUCUUCAACAGUUUCGCUGCCGAGCAAGAGCAGGAGAGGAAGGAUGGCACAAGAGCAGAGUUAAAGCACUUGGCAGACGGCUCUAAAGUGGCAGCUGAGCUCAAAAUCGUGGGAGCAGGCAUGCGCUGGGAACUCUUGCUGCGAACGCAGAGUUCAGUAGCUGGUGUUAUGGCAGUUUUUUCCAGUGUGCAGAGGGCGCUAAUCUGGGAAAGGCUGUACAGCAUUCCGUUGAUGGACUGGCUGGCUGACAAGUACAAGGCCGGCAAAGUGUGGGGGAAGUAUACCGACGAACACUGGGAAAAGCUGAGCGGCUCGGCUGCAUGCGUUAGCUUCUGGGCAUCCAUGCGCCUCCAAACGCUUUUCCGGACAGUUGCGGGCAUGAUGCUGGGAGCUUACAUGCACCAUGUGGACGUAAAUUGCCGAUUGCUGGUUGCAGUUGUUUUGCACUACCACCAGGCGCUGCAGUGCCACUUUGAAGCCCAGGGCGAUCGAAGAAGCAAGCUCGGACAAGUAUGGGACCCAAGUGAUGCCUUCACCUGCAUCGUGGCCAUGCAGAUGUACGCUUUCUUCAACCCGAUGCAGCUCAAGCACACCAACAUCAUGUUCCGGAAGUUUCCUCGGUCCAUGAAGGUCGCAUUUAUCGAUUACGAAGACUUGGAGGCAACUCAUCAGCCUGAUGGCAUCCAUGAGAAUCAGAAGCGGCGAUACUACAGCUGCUUGAUUGAUGCCAGCUGCCCACCGGACGAGACCGGUCGACGAAGGGCAAAGUACAAGAUCGAGCUUCCAGGGUUUCCUAUUCUUGGCGAUGGCAAGGGUGACAACCAGAAUACGGCCAUUCCUUUUACUCGUGGGACUUACGUACAGUGCAUCGAUGCCAACCAGGGUGCUUAUUUCGAGCAGAUGCUCCUCUUGCCCAACGUUCUUGGCGAGUUUCGUUCAGAGCGCCGGGGCAAAGGAGGUGGCAAAAAGAUCAUAGGAUUUCCGGAGCACAUCACCAGUGACUUCGGUUCGGUCGGGGACUUUGCAGCUUCCUCGGAGCUGGCCUUUGGCGGGGGCCCAAGAGAGAACCUCCAAGCUAUGAUUGUGUAUGCCAGUGUCGAUAGCAGUGUCUACGACAUACACGUGAUGUUAGCGGAAAUGAAAUGA